GUUCUGACGUUCCAGACGGAGCAGUACCCAGGAAGUUAGCCACUGUUGUGUUUCUUCAGGUGUAGAUUUGCGUUUUACUGAAAAAGAAACGAUAGUUUGGCGCGCCAAAAUGGCGACGUUUAUAUCAGUCCCGUUUAAAAAGUCAACGGAAGUCGAUUUAGUGAAACCAUUAUCGAAAUUUGUCACAGCCACGUAUCCAGUUGGUGAGGAACAGGCUGAAUAUAUACGUGCGGUUGAGGAACUCAAUAAGCUGCGCAAAAGCGCUCUUGGGAGGCCCCUGGACAAACACGAGAGCUCCUUGGACAUAUUGUUGCGGUACUAUGAUCAACUCUGUGUCGUUGAGCCCAAAUUUCCAUUCCCAGAGCUCUGUCUCACGUUCACCUGGAAGGAUGCGUUUGAUAAAGGAUCACUCUUUGGGGGUUCUGUUAAACUUGCCCUGGCGUGUUUGGGCUAUGAGAAGACCUGCGUGUUGUUCAACAUUGGAGCUCUGGCCAGUCAGAUUGCCUCAGAACAGAACCUGGACAGUGAUGAAGGGCUAAAGGCUGCUGCCAAGAACUAUCAGCUCGCCAGUGGUGCGUUUGCACACAUAAAAGACACUGUGUUAUCUAUGCUGUCCCGGGAGCCCACCAUGGACAUCUCCCCCGAGACUGCCAGCACCCUCGGUCAGAUCAUGCUGGCUCAGGCUCAGGAAGUCUUCUGCAUCAAAGCCACCUCCGACAAGAUGAAGGAUGCCAUUAUAGCUAAACUGGCUAACCAGGCUGCAGAUUUCUACGGCGAUGCAUUUAAGCAGUGCCAGUAUAAAGAAAAUCUUCCUAAGUAUUUUUAUUUCCAGGAGGUGCUCCCGGUCCUGGCUGCCAAACACUGCAUGAUGCAGGCCACCGCCGAACUGCACCAGGCCGCCCUGGCCAAUCAGAAGAAGCGCUUCGGAGAGGAGAUUGCUCGUCUGCAACAUGCUACUGAGCUGGUGAAAACGGUUGCAUCACGCUAUGACGAGUAUGUCAAUGUCAAGGAUCUGUCAGAACGCGUUAACAGAGCUCUUACCGCUGCAAAGAAAGACAACGACUUCAUCUACCACGACCGGGUGCCUGAGCUCAAGGACCUCGAGCACAUCGGCAAGGCAACCCUCGUCAAGGCCACCGCCAUCCAGAACCCUCUCAGCCCGAAGUUUACCGAUCUUUUUGAGAAGAUGGUUCCCAUGGCAGUGCAGCAAUCCGUGAGCGUGUCCAACCAGAGGAAGGCCGAGACGGUCAACAGACUGGUCGGCAGCCUGAGAGAAGCCACUAACCUCUGCAACGGCGUCCUGGCAUCUCUGAACCUGCCGGCGGCUCUGGAGGACCUGUCCGGGGACUCGGUGCCCCAGUCCAUCCUGGAGAAGUCCCGCGCGGUGAUGGCUCAGGGCGGACUGCAGAGCGUGGAGAUGCUAAUCAAGGAGCUGCCGGAGCUUCUCACGCGCAACCGAGAGAUACUCGAUGAGUCUCUGAAGAUGCUGAACGAUGAGGAGGCCACAGAUAGUGAGUUGAGGGCCAAAUUCAACCAACGCUGGAACAGAACGCCCUCUGGUGAUCUGUACAAACCCCUCAGAACAGAGGGAGCCAACUUCAGCAGUGUGCUGGACAAGGCGGUGUCCGCUGACCAGGUGGUGCGCGAGCGCUUCAACACCCACUGUGAGAUGAUCGCGCUCCUGUGCCGCCCCGAGAACGAGCUCAACUCUGCCAUUCCCUCUGCUAACCCCACCAAGACACUACAGGGCAGCGAGGUGGUCAGUGUGUUGCGAGCACAGCUGACUCAGCUGGACGAGGUCAAGCAGGAGCGCGAAGCCCUGGAGGGAGAGGUCAAGGCCGUGACCUUUGACCUUUCAUCCUCCUUCCUGACCGCCCUGGCUCAGGACGGGGCCAUCAACGAGGAGGCCCUCAGCACCGGCGCGUUACAGACACACUAUGGCAGCCACACGGAGCGCGUCCAGAAGAGCCUGCGGUCUCAGGAGGAGCUCCUCGCCAAGAUACAGACCUCCCACCAGGAGUUUUCCGCACUUAAGCAGUCCACCAACGAGGCUAACGCCAGAGAGGAGGUCCUGAAGAAGCUCGCCACGGCUCACGACAACUACACCGAGAUCUCCAGCAACCUGAAGGAGGGCACCAAGUUUUAUAACGACCUGACAGAGAUCUUGCUGAAGUUCCAGAACAAGUGCAGUGACAUUGUGUUCGCCCGCAAGACCGAGCGGGAUGAGCUUCUCAAAGAGCUGCAACAGAGUAUUGCCCGCGAGCCCAGCGCCCCAUCCUUCAACGUUCCAGCCUAUCAGAGCGCUCCCAGCACAAACCCCGCCUCUGCCCCGAACCCGACUCCAGCUCCGCGGACCGUUUUUCCCCAGACGACCCCGGCCAAAGCGGCUCCGCCUGCCAGACCUCCUCCCCCGAGCGUCACCCCACAGGCGGCCAGCGGCCCCCCGGGCUCCGCUCCUGCCGCUGCAGCCGGAGGCAACCCGCCACCAGUGGCUCCUGCAGCUUCUCAAGCCCAAGGACCCCCAUACCCAUCCUAUCAGGGAUACCCAGGGUACUACCAGAUGCCAAUGGGCUACAACCCGUACAUGUAUCAGGGUCAGUACGGAGUGCCCUACAUGCCGUAUCAGACGCCACCUGCCCAGGGAGGCUACCCAGCAGCCCCUCCCAACCAGCAACCUUACCCCUACCCUCAGCAGGCUGGGCAACAGCAGCCUUAUUACCCACAGCAAUAAGCACUUCUACCAGUCUCUCCUACCCUUUAAAACUUUACCCCGAAUCCCUCAAGGUCUGGGCCCCGACACCACGACUCACACCCCCCUAAACACCCUGAGGCCUGCCUUCUAACCCACAUCUACCUUCUUACACCACAAUAACUUGCAGAGCUCUAAUGACUUGACAUGGUGUUUUUCCACGACGCCUUGUACCUUAAUCCACAUCCGUGCGACUACUACCCUAAUAACUUCGCCACAGACACAGCCCUGCUAUCCCAGCAAUAAUUACUUUUAUGUUCUCGAACCCCCUCACGCUAAACCCUGAAAAAAAAACCCUAACACUCCUCUUAUCUGCCCUGUAAAGAACGAGUUCUCCCCAAAUGUGGAGCUACCUCUGAACCACAAGUUUUUGUUGUUUUGUUCAUUUUUUUUUUGGCUGCAUGUGAACAACGUAAUGCUGACCGUUACUCUCCCUCUUCAGAAUCCACAAACUUCUUUAAGCCCAGCCCAGUCUCCUUCCCUUCCCUGCCCCCCCUUCCUCUUUCACUGACGUCCAAAGUUAGAAAGGCGCUUCUUUUGGGGCAUGCGUCUUAUUUUUAUAUUAAAUACUUCAGUGCACCCUAACUUGCUUGAAGGAGUAUAAUCACAUAGGAAAGUAAGCAGUAUAUUCUAGUGGGAGUUUCUAAGUUUGUGUACAUGCUGAUCAUUGUUGGGAGGAACCGUCUUAUUAUAAAAGUUCUUUAUUGCUGUUCUUUUUGUUGCAUCACAUCCAUCAUUUUAGUCAGAGCUUUUGGAGGGCUUCACUGAUGUAAUUACUUGAUUAACAAUCAACUAUGUUUGAGUUUUUAUGUUUUCAUGUGGGAUUAAAAUCUGGACUUAAAAGCA